CGUUGCUGCCGAAGUGACUUGUAGGCAGCAAGGAGCAGCACUGAUUGAGACACUGGAGUUCUGACUCUAAUUAUAAACUGUAUCCAGUGCGUCCUCUUGCUGGCAAGACUACAGAGAUCCCAUGUGGAAGCUUCUCAGGGACAAGAAGGGUUUUAUUUUGUCUGUAUCUCAACACCUCGCAGAGAUUAAGGCAUUUUAUAAAUGUUUGUGGGACAGCUGCCUGAUCAAGGGGAGGAGAUGCUCGAUCUUGGUGCCUGCUGCCUGCCUGACCAUCUGUCUCUUUUUCUGCCCCUCAGCCGAAGGCGCUCUCUGCCCUGACCCCCCCUCAGGAAAACCCGCGAUGGCGACCAAGCGCAAAGGCGGCCUGAAGCUCAAUGCCAUCUGUGCCAAGCUGAGCCGCCAGGUGGUGGUGGAACAGGGAGCUGAUCCAGGGGUCCGGCCAGAAGGUGGCCAGGGCAACCCCCUGCGGCCCCGGGAGAAGGAGCAAGGCGGUGGGUCAGAGGCCAAGGUCACCCAGACGCCACGGAGCGAGGAAGACAGGAGGCGGGCCGUGAUUGAGAAGUGGGUCAAUGGAAGCAGCGGGACGGCCCGCCCGUCCCGCUGUCCCGCGGCUGGGCCGGGGGCCCAUCAAUGGGGAAAAGGACCAGGGUGGGGGCCCUUAGACCCAACCUAA